UUGAGAGAACUGUACCUCUUCUCGUUUGCCUUCGAAAUUGCUUUGUGCUCUUUUUUUUCGCGUUGCGUCUGUUCGGUCCGAUAAUUUGCUAGCGUUCUCCGUCUUCGGCAAUUUGUACAAAAGUUACCAAAAAUGAUAGAAUUCGCGUCUUAUUUGCGGCAACUUCUGAAAAGUAAUGGAAUUGAUUCUACUAACGCCGUUUGGCGUUUGCAUAGUCGGGCAACAGUUUAUUCGUUGGCAUUCUUCACCGUUCUCCUGUCGGCCCGAUCAUACUUCGGUGAUCCCAUCAAUUGCAUUACGACCGCUACUGGUACUGUGCAGACUAGUAUGAACAGCUACUGCUGGACCCUUGGAACGUACAUAAGCAAGGAUCCAAAGUUCGUUUUCUCAAAUUGGGACGUUAUUCAGAUUGGACACAAAAUGGGGCACAUUCCUGUGGAAGAACGAACUUAUCAAAAAUACUAUCAAUGGGUAGCGUUCUUGCUGGGAGCUCAGGCCGUACUGUUCUCGAUUCCCAAGCAUAUCUGGCGAUGCUAUGAACGUAAUCGAAUUGCAACAUUGUCUCAAGAUUUGACAUCUAUUUUGCAUCCGAUUGAAUGGACCGACGAACGAAAGAGCGCAACGCUGUUUUACCUCACCCACGAGUCCCGUUCACGACACACAACCUAUGCUGUCCUUUUCUUUAUUUGCGAAUUGCUGAAUUUUCUAGUCGUACUGAUAAAUAUGUUUCUAUUGAAUUUCAUUUUGGGCGGAUUUUGGGGCUAUUAUGCACCAGCGAUCCGUUCGCUCCUUUCCCUAGACAUGAAUGCUUGGAUAUCGUACAAUUCGCUUGUAUUUCCAAAGCUGGCAAAAUGUGACUUCCAUUACAUUGGUGCGAGCGGAUCAGAACAGACCGUCGAUGCACUGUGUCUUUUGCCACAGAACAUUGUAAAUGAGAAAAUUUUCGCCUUUCUCUGGCUCUGGUUCAUUGUUCUGGCUAUAAUUUCUGGCGCUCAGGUAUGCUACCGCAUCACCCAGCUGUGCUCACCACGGAUUCGUCUUCAUCUACUCUACGCCGAACUGCAUCCGAUUAACUACAGCCGCUUGAAGCUGGUCAACCAGAAGGCCUGCAUUGGCUUCUGGUUCUUGCUGUAUCAGAUGGCUCGAAACGUGAACAAAAAUGUUAUGAGGGAAAUUAUGAAGGAACUGUCCACGACUUAUCGCGAGCAGGAACUAUCGAAGCAAACUCUUAUCGAUGAUUUUCCGAAGUUCGCCAUGAACGAUCUCCAAAAUGAACGGAACGGACGAGUGCAGGAAGACGACGAAGUAACGGUCUAAAUUCCAUUGUUGCUUGAGCCAAUUUUCUGGACUCAAUUUCACUUAGAUUUCAUAGAUAUAAUUUCUGUUAAGUUUGUUUACAUAGGCAUCUAACCUAUGAACUUGUUGGAAUAAUUUGCAAGCUCCUACAGGACUAGGAACCAUGUAAGGAUAUUUCCAAAAGUGAGUGAUACCACAUACACAGCAAGUAUUAGAACGUGUUGAUACAACUACGAAUUUCUCCAUUAACAAUAUUUGUACUAAAUUGAAUAUCGCUGAGAGAAUAAAAAUUGUUUUGGGAAAACUUCCAGUUAA